GAGGCCGCGCACGCGCGGCGGGGCCUUGGGCGGGGCCUCGGGCGGCUGCACCGGGCGGAGGGUCCGCCGGUCGGCGGCUGUGUGGGGAGCCGCCGGGCCGGCGGGGCGGAGACGCGGGAGGUUGAUGGGGGUUGCCUCGACCUCGGCCUCAAUCUGUAGCACAGCUUCGGCCACGCCGACGGAGAUGGUGCCCCGGGUGCGGACGAUCGGGGAGAAGCUGAGGCAGCGGCUGCGGCUGGAUGUGGGACGCGAGAUCUGCCGCCAGUAUCCGCUGUUCUGCUUCUUGCUGCUCUGCCUCAGCGUCGCCUCCCUGCUUCUCAACAGGUAUCUUCAUGUUUUAAUGAUCUUCUGGUCAUUUGUUGCUGGAGUUGUUACAUUCUAUUGCUCAUUGGGACCAGAUUCUCUCUUACCAAAUAUAUUCUUCUCAAUAAAAUACAAACCGAAGCAGUUAGGACUUCAAGAAUUAUUUCCUCAAGGUCGUAGCUGUGCUGUUUGUGGUAAAGUGAAAUGUAAAAGACAUAGACCUUCCUUACUACUUGAAAACUACCAGCCGUGGCUAGAUCUGAAAAUUUCUUCCAAGGUUGAUGCAUCUCUCUCAGAGGUUCUUGAAUUAGUAUUGGAAAACUUUGUUUAUCCAUGGUACAGGGAUGUAACAGAUGAUGAGUCCUUUGUUGAUGAACUGAGAAUCACAUUACGAUUUUUUGCAUCUGUCUUAAUUCGAAGGAUUCACAAGGUGGAUAUUCCAUCUAUUAUAACCAAGAAACUUUUAAAAGCAGCAAUGAAGCAUAUAGAAGUGAUAGUUAAAGCCAGUCAGAAAGUAGAAAAUACAGAGUUUUUACAGCAAGCUGCUUUAGAAGAAUAUGGUCCAGAGCUUCAUGUGGCUUUGAGGAGCCGAAGAGAUGAAUUACACUAUUUAAGGAAACUUACUGAACUACUUUUUCCUUAUAUUUUACCUCCUAAAGCAACAGACUGCAGAUCCCUGACUUUGCUUUUAAGAGAGAUCCUUUCUGGUUCGGUAUUCCUUCCUUCUUUGGAUUUCCUAGCUGAUCCAGAUACUGUGAAUCAUUUACUUAUCAUCUUCAUAGAUGACAGUCCACCUGAGAAAGCAACUGAACUGCCUUCCCCUUUGGUUCCAUUCUUGCAGAAAUUUGCAGAACCUAGAAAUAAAAAGCCAUCUGUGCUGAAGUUAGAAUUGAAGCAAAUCAGAGAACAGCAAGAUCUCUUAUUUCGUUUUAUGAACUUUCUGAAACAAGAAGGAGCGGUGCAUGUAUUGCAGAUAUGUCUGACUGUGGAGGAAUUCAAUGAUAGAAUUUUACGACCGGAGUUAUCAAAUGAUGAAAUGCUAUCUCUUCAUGAAGAGUUGCAGAAGAUUUAUAAAACAUAUUGUUUGGAUGAAAGUAUUGACAAAAUUCGAUUUGAUCCCUUUAUUGUAGAAGAGAUUCAGAAAAUUGCUGAGGGACCAUAUAUAGAUGUUGUGAAACUUCAAACUAUGAGAUGUCUUUUUGAAGCAUAUGAACAUGUACUGUCUCUCUUGGAGAAUGUGUUCACACCUAUGUUCUGCCACAGUGAUGAGUAUUUCAGGCAACUUUUAAGAGGUGCAGAAUCACCAACACGCAAUUCAAAAUUGAACAGAGGUAGCCUAAGUUUGGAUGAUUUUCGGAGCACACAGAAAAGAGGAGAAUCAUUUGGAAUCAGCAGAAUAGGUAGCAAAAUUAAAGGAGUAUUCAAAAGUACCACAAUGGAAGGAGCUAUGUUGCCUAAUUAUGGGUUAACAGAAGGUGAAGAUGACUUUAUUGAAGAAGGUAUUGUUGUAAUGGAAGAUGAUUCUCCAGUGGAAGCUGUGAGCACACCUAAUACUCCCCGAAACCUUGCUGCAUGGAAAAUUAGCAUUCCAUAUGUGGACUUUUUUGAAGAUCCUUCCUCUGAAAGGAAAGAGAAAAAGGAGAGAAUACCUGUAUUCUGUAUAGAUGUUGAAAGAAAUGAUAGAAGAGCAGUUGGGCAUGAGCCUGAACAUUGGUCCGUCUAUAGAAGAUAUCUAGAGUUCUAUGUACUUGAAUCAAAACUAACAGAAUUUCAUGGCACAUUUCCUGAUGCCCAGCUUCCUUCCAAGAGGAUCAUUGGCCCCAAAAAUUAUGAAUUCUUAAAGUCAAAGAGAGAAGAGUUUCAGGAAUAUUUACAGAAACUUCUGCAGCAUCCAGAACUGAGUAAUAGUCAACUUCUGGCUGAUUUUCUCUCCCCCAAUGGUGGGGAAACACAGUUUCUUGAUAAAAUACUACCAGAUGUAAAUCUUGGGAAGAUUAUAAAGUCUGUUCCUGGAAAACUAAUGAAAGAGAAAGGUCAGCAUUUGGAACCUUUCAUCAUGAAUUUCAUUAAUUCUUGUGAAUCUCCAAAGCCUAAACCAAGUAAACCGGAAUUGACUAUUCUCAGCCCUACUUCAGAAAACAACAAGAAGCUUUUCAGUGAUCUAUUUAAGAAUAAUGCAAACCGUGCUGAGAAUACAGAAAGAAAGCAAAAUCAGAAUUAUUUUAUGGAGAUGAUGACUGUAGAAGGAGUCUACGAUUACCUGAUGUACGUAGGACGGGUGGUUUUCCAGGUUCCUGACUGGCUUCAUCAUCUCUUAAUGGGAACUCGAAUCCUGUUUAAAAACACCCUGGAAAUGUAUACUGACUACUAUCUUCAUUGUAAACUAGAACAACUGUUUCAGGAACACCGCUUGGUCUCACUCAUAACACUUCUCAGAGAUGCUGUAUUCUGUGAAAACACUGAACCUCGCUCUCUCCAAGAUAAGCAAAAACGAGCAAAACAGACUUUUGAUGAAAUGAUGAAUUACAUUCCAGAUCUGAUAGUCAAGUGCAUUGGUGAAGAAGCCAAGUAUGAAAGCAUCAGACUUCUAUUUGAUGGCUUACAACAGCCAGUUCUCAAUAAGCAGCUGACUUAUGUUUUAUUGGACAUUGUGAUACAAGAACUAUUUCCAGAACUCAAUAAGGUACAAAAAGAAGUUACCUCUGUGACGUCCUGGAUGUAAACAUUUGGAUUUGGGAAAGAAUAACCAGAAAGAGAACAAUUUCUGUUGUGCUAGUGUAGUAUACGUGUAUUUUUUUCUUUUACUUUUGUAUAUUCUUGUAUAUAUCAUGUAAUCCAUUGUCUGAAAUUUUGAUUCUUUUUGUUUUAAUAAAGACUAACACAAACUUAAUAA